GUCCGGCCUGCGGGCCCGCGUCUCCGUCCCGCUGUGGCGGUUACCGGACCGCGCGUCGGGUCGCCGUUCCAGAACGUCCGCGCCCCCGUGACCGCCGCGGUGCUCGGUGAAAAAGCGGCGGGGCCGGUGUGGACGCAGAGGGGUUCAGCUUUCAAACAAAUAAUUAUCUAAAAAAAGAAUUAAAGGCGAGGCCGGCUGUGGCCGAGGGGAUGAAGCCGCUCUGCAGCGCCGGCGUUCCCUGUGGACGCGGGUUCGAGUCCCGGCUGCUCCACUUCCGGUCCGGCUCUCCGCUGUGGCCUGGGAGAGCAGUGGAGGAUGGCCCAGGUCCUCGGGCCUCUGCACCCGCGUGGGAGACCCGGAGGAAGCUCCUGGCUCCUGGCUUCGGAUCGGUCAGCUCCGGCCUUGUGGCCAUUUGGAGAGUGAACCAGCGGAUGGAAGACCUCUCUCUCUGCCUCUGCCUCUCUCACACUUUGCCUUUCAGAUAAAUCUUUAUAGAAAACAAACAAAAGCGCUACUGAACGCAGUAGGCCCCUAUACCAAUCUCCUACGGAUCCCACAUUGCCUCCUGCAGGAAUCUGGGGCGAGGGUGGAGAGGGGGCCUCAGGGCUCAUGAACAGAGAUGGCCCUAGGGGUCUCCGAGGGCUGUUGGCAGGGCCCUUCCCUAGUCAGUGUUCCGGAAUGUUCAGUGGCAGAAAGAGCCACUCCACCCAGGCUUGUGCUGCCCUCGGGAAGCCCAAAUCCGAUGACUGAUUCAGGCAGGAAAAUAGAAGAUGUGCCGUUCCAGUCCCCAGGACAACCCCGGGCCCGCCCGGCCUCUCUCCACUCCUCGCUCAGCUGUUGGCCUGCAGGGCACGCUCUUCCGGGCGUGCUGCCCGCUGUCUCUGCUGCUGAGCCCGCCCCUCUGAGAAGCCAACUGUAACGAGGACCUUGCUCCAAGUGGCCCUGGAUCUACCAUUCAAUUGGUCACUUUCCAAGUUUUCACAGACAGGUUGUUAAAUAAAAAUUAUGGGAGGCCAUUGUUUUAGACUGAGCUCCUACCAUAGGCUCCAACCGACCAAAUCAAAAUGGAGUCACUCAGGCUAAAUGUCAAUCAGACUUAACGAAGCAGACAGAGCCAACAGACCGGUUUUUGGUAACAAUCAGGGAUCCCAGUCCGCCUGAGUGAGUAUGACACUAGAAGGGUUCUUCUGGUUUUACCCUUAGAAAAGUGACGUUAGCUUCUCAGAUUUUUUUUUCUGUUUUUGUUUCCUUGUUCCCACCUUGCAACCCAAUGUUCUGUGCUGCUCAGUGGGAGUUUUAGUUUUAUUUUGUAGAUGGCGAGCAAAAGCCAACGCGAUGCACAACUGGAUCCAUUGUAAGUGCUGACCUCUGCCAAGGCUGAGUCUCCUCCUCCCGUGGGGAUUCUGGGAAUGUGGGGUGCCGAUCCUGGCUCUGCACUUCCACGCGCCAGUGACUCUCAAGCAAGACCCGAGACCUUGGAUAAAGUGCUCUAUUCCUUCUACGUUUUGGACACUUUCUCUUCGAUGACUUUCUGGCAAGAAAACUGGCCUCUCCUAAGAAUCGGUCUCCAUCCCUGGAAACCACUCCCGAGUUCCACGACCUCCCUGGCUGGCUUCAGUGUCAAUUAGUGACCAUCCUAGGAUCUGCCUGUGUCCCCAGGGGCUCAUGGGUAACUUCAGGAGAAAGAUUUCUCAGUCUCAAGGUCAACGCUUUCAUUGAAAGCCAAAAUCACAACUUCUUUUGGCCAGUCCCACUCUUUUUAGAAAUGUGCUUAUUUUCCGUCACGCUUAUUUCCAUUUGGCUGUGGAGUCUGUGAAGAGCAGCUUGGGACACUCAGUGGUCGCUCUGACAUGGGCAGCCCCGUUCCGUGGCGGGCCGAGGGCUCCAGGCUUCAGCUGGGAACUGCUGGGAGGCACAAGGCACUGCGCCUUCAAACCAGUCUGCAAAUCAGCUUGAGUGGCAGGAAACAGGGGAGCUGGCGCAGUCCGUUCACCUGAAGUUCCUCCCUGGUCACAGCUUUACCAGCAGCGGCUGCUCUUCCUGUUCGAGCUGUUCAGGAUCUCUGUAGAAGCAGAGAUGAGGCGUGACCUCCCAUGGAUGCUCCCAGGAGAUGAUGGUACCGCACGUGUGCAGGACCUCCCAGGCCAGCACCCACCACAUCAGACCCUCGGAGAGGGCUCCCUUGCUAUUGCACAGGGUGGCAAUGGCCACGUAGCACAAAGGAGGGUCUGUGUUACAUAGAGCAAUGGUUGGCAAUCUCACAUACAAUGCCUCUUAUGAGAGAGACUGGGAUGCUAACCACCGGAACACCUGGCUCCCAGGAGGCUGCCUGGGCCUGGUGACCGAGGGAUGUAGGUGUGACACGGCCAGCAAUAGGCAUAACUUGAGUGACAGUGGCAAACUGCACCCCUGCCCUCCAGCCAGCAUUCCUGGGGGACGUGGCACUGAGCAGCGGGGUUUUCAAUGGCGACAAUGGCGUGAGCCGCCAGCAGAGGCUUCUCCCAGGUCAGGUUUACAACGUGAAUGUCUUCACUUCUAUUGUACGUGCCCAGUCACUUGUGGAAGUCAAGGUUGGUGUCACCUGCAAGGCACUUGAGGACAUCCUCCUUCAUUGGCUCGGAUGUUGUGACAGCGUCCCUUUAAGCUCCCAAAAUCUGAAAUGAAACAGCACUCGUUGGAAGGUUUCUGGAAGGAUUUAGGGCGUGAGUCCUUGGGAGGAAAACAGCCAACACCUGAGAUGUCAGACAGGUGGGGCCUUUCCAGGCUUGCCUGCGAGGAGCCGCUGCCCCUUCGGUAGAUCUGGGAUUUGUUGCUAGCUUUUGGUGAGUUUCAUUAAGGAUGCAACCCACGCCAGGCUCUCGUCUCGCUACGUGACCGCCCUGGGGAUACCAGGAUGAGCAAGACAUCACUUCUGUCCUAGCAGAAGUCUCAGCCUGCAGGGAGCUUGCCAAAUAAAGCAGCAGUUGUGGCCUUGACGCGUGGCCUCCGGAAGCAAAGGAUGGAGAGGGCAGGGGCCACGUGAAAAAGCUUCUCGGAAUAGGAAGUGCUCGAGGAGGGUCGUUCAGAGCACAGAAGCUGGGAGAGAGAAUGCGAGGGCGAGAGAGCAGCCGCCAUGCAGAGCCUGGAGGAGAGGAAGAACACAGGUGGCCGGUGGAGGAUGGGAGGGCAGCCGGAGAGCAUGCCAGGCCCACGGCUGUUGUGAAGCAAGAAGAGACACAGUGGCUGGCCAGAGCACUGGUGUCCAAACACAGCCCGAGAGGGUGCUCAUCUUGAGGCGGAAGCAACCUUCCCGAUGUGGCUCAGGCUCCUGUUCUGAUCAGAGGCGCAUCACUGUUACUCCACAACUCCACCGCCCGGAAGUGCAGAAGCUCCGCUCUGGACAGAGCUGUCUCCGUUCUUACCAUGCAGGAUUGGAGAACAGAAGGCAGCACAGGGAACACGACCGUGGUGGGUCAGCCCUCAGCAGCUGCACCUCAGCUGUGAGUGCACAGGCCCAGGGCCCAAGGGUGACCUUACGUUGGUGCCUAGUGGGCUACCCAGCCGGGACCUCAGUAAUGCGAUAACUCCCAUGACGACUGUUGUCUUGGACCACCAGGGAUGUCCUUAAGAGUAGCAUCGCCCAUGUGAUCAGCAAAACUAAUGGCCAUAAACCAAAAUACUGUAAAAACUUUCUCCAUAACUUUCGGGAGUAGACAGUGGGGAAACUAACUUCGUUUUGAGGAUCAAAUCGACUUUGAUCUCACUACUUUCUUUCCAUGUCGGUCACAGGAGAAAAAAAAAAUCUUCAAGUGGAAUCUGGAAUCUGUCCCCUCAAAGAGCACAUUUCAGCACCCAGGCCUAAGUGGUUUUAAGCACACAGCAUCACAGGAUUCAAUAAAUAAUUGAUACAAAUUAAUGGCCAAUGAAAGAUACAUAUCCGCACUGAUCUAUAAUUACUGGAAGCAACCUCAUAUAUUUUUCAUAAAAGUGUCAUUUCAUUGCAGAGUUUUUUUUCUCUAAAAUUCAGUGUAUUUAGAAUUGAAAUUGCUCUCAAUAAUUGCUUUCAACGGCUUUCAGCGGCACAGUUUCUCUGUCCGCGUGGGCACCCGCGCAGCCUGGGGUUCGGUGCUCCUUUGACUUCUGUGUCUGCCGGACACUCUGCCCUCAAAGGGUGACCCCAGAGAAGGAGACAGGGCUGACCAGGAAUGCCGGCAGGAAGACUGGAGCCGCCUGGUAUUCUGCACAGACUCCCACUGAGUCUCGGUGAGACUGCUCGCUCCAGAAGCUUGGAGAAGAAGCGGCCAGACUGGUAUGAGAGCAGAUGUACAGCCCAACCACCCAUGGUUCUCACGGGCACAAUGUAGAAAUAGGAUUCCACAAUGAAAUGAACCUUUUUGUUUGUUUAAAGAUUUAUGUAUUUAUCUUAAAGGCAGAGUGACAGAGAGAGGAGAGGCAGAGACAGAUUUUGCAUCUGCUGGUUCAGGCCAAAGGCAGGAGCCAGGAGCUUCUUCUGGGUUUCUCAUGAGGGUACAGGGGCCCAGGGACUUGGGCCAUCUUUCGCUGCUUUCCUAGGGCAUUAGCAGGGAGCUGGUUUGGAGUGGAACCGCUGGGACUCAAACUGGUGCCCAUAUGGGAUGCCGGCAUUGCAGGCAGCUGCUUAUCCCACUGCUGGCCCUGAAACGAGUCUUUUAAACAAGGGCUGAGCUCUCGGUUAGUGUUCAGAAUUAACUUCAGCAAAGUCAUCAUUCGGAGGACAGCCACAAUAGUAAGCAGUGACAGUCACAGUAGCAUCUGCAACCCCCACCCCCUGGUCCUGACCAGGGGCGUGGUUUCUGCAGCAUCAGCCCACCUGGGGCUCAAUUGUUGACUCUGAUUGGCCGGCAAGAGGACGUGGUGAGUUAUUUCUGGGCCUUGAUUUCCUCAUCUGUGAAAUGGAAUAAUGAUGCCUCCUCUGCAGGCUUGUCUAGAGAAUUCAAUGAAUUGCAGCCUAAAGCUUCAGGUGCGGUUGCUGCAAGCAUUUGAGGAUUAACUGGGACAAUAUCAAUGGCUCAUAACAAUGUCACUCCCGGGUGGGCAGGCGCCCGUUGGUUCUGGGCACUGUAUGAGGAAAGCUAUGAAGAGCAAACGCUCUCUGGAAAGCUUAGCAAGUCAUCAGCCAAGACUGUGAAGGCAUUAAAAGUCAAGUUUCCUGGAGCUGGCGUUGUGGUGCCGUGAGUUAAGCCACAGCCUGCGAUGCUGGCAUCCCAUAUUGAAGUGCUAGUUUGAGUCUCAGCUGCCCCACUUCCAGCUAAGAUGACCCAAGUACAUGGGUCCCUGCCAUCCAUGUGGGAGACCCAGAUGUUGUUCCUGGUUCCUGGUCACUUGGGGGAUGAGCCAGCAGAUGCUCUCUCUCUCUCUCGCUCUCUCUCUCUCUCUCUCUCUCCUUUUCUCUGUCACCCUGCCUUUCAAGUAAAUCAAUCGAUCCUCCCUGUAUCCUUCUGAGGCACAGACUUGCCCAAGGCUUCAGUUGAUUCUUGAUGAACCAGUCCUCAAGCCCCUAGACUCUGAUGGAGAAGGUUCCCUUUUACUCAAUCACUGGUGGAUCGACCAUAAUUCACUGCAUAACUCAGCAAACAUUUCUGCCUGCCUCCUUCGUGUCUAUGCUACAUCUGUGCUACAUUUGUGCUACAUCUCAGGGACGUAGAACGGCGUGAUCCUCUAAGCUCAUUGUAAGUCAGCUACCCAGAAUUCUAUCUACAAUAGUGUCCUACAUCGAACGUCAGCCAGGCAGUAAUAUCAGUGUGAACAUUAGGCAGAGCGUGGCGUACAUGGGUCUGCAAGAAGCUGGAGAACAGAAGCACCAGCCGUAGGCAUUCAAAAGAAAAAUCUUAAAACACCGUCCUGGCCGAGCAGAACACAGCUCUGGACUGGAGUCAGCCUGCCAUUGGCCGGUUUGUGAUCCCUGCUCUGCAAACUCUUCAGGGGUGUGCGUGUGAUCGAGUGGCCUUCCAUGGUAACAGUCGUUGGUUAGAGCAGACAUGACCUCAGAAACCUACAGAUUCAAUGGGUCUUCACCGCAGAGAUGCCCUUCGAGAGAGGCCGGUUCAGCAUGAGGAGCAGGAGGCACGGCGCCCUGGGCAGCACGCGGACCCUCUACUCCAGCGUGUCUCGCAGCACGGACGUGUCCUACGGCGACAGCGACUUGGUGAAUUUUAUCCAAGCGAAUUUUAAGAAACGGGAAUGUGUCUUCUUUACCAAAGACUCCAAGGCCACGGACAGCGUGUGCAAGUGCGGCUACGCCCAGAGCCAGCACGUGGAGGGCACCCAGAUCAACCAGGACGACAAGUGGAACUACAAGAAGCACACCAAGGAGUUUCCCACCGACGCCUUCGGGGACAUCCAGUUUGAGACCCUGGGGAAGAAAGGCAAGUACAUCCGCCUGUCCUGCGACACGGACGCCGAGACCCUGUACGAGCUGCUGACCCAGCACUGGCACCUGAAGACGCCCAACCUGGUCAUCUCCGUCACGGGCGGCGCCAAAAACUUCGCGCUGAAGCCGCGCAUGCGCAAGAUCUUCAGCCGGCUGAUCUACAUCGCGCAGUCGAAAGGUGCGUGGAUUCUCACGGGAGGCACCCAUUACGGCCUGAUGAAGUACAUUGGCGAGGUGGUGAGAGACAACACGAUCAGCAGGAACUCGGAGGAGAACAUCGUGGCUAUUGGCAUAGCGGCUUGGGGCAUGGUCUCCAACCGGGACACCCUCAUCAGGAACUGCGAUGCUGAGGGCUAUUUUUCAGCCCAGUACAUUAUGGAUGAUUUCAAAAGAGACCCUCUGUACAUCCUGGACAACAACCACACCCACCUGCUGCUCGUGGACAACGGCUGUCACGGGCACCCCACCGUGGAGGCGAAGCUGCGCAACCAGCUGGAGAAGUACAUCUCGGAGCGCACCAUUCAAGAUUCCAACUAUGGUGGCAAGAUCCCUAUUGUGUGUUUUGCUCAAGGAGGUGGAAGAGAGACUUUGAAAGCCAUCAACACCUCCAUCAAAAGCAAGAUCCCCUGUGUGGUGGUGGAAGGCUCGGGGCAGAUCGCGGAUGUGAUUGCCAGUCUGGUGGAGGUGGAGGACGCCCUGGCCUCCUCCACCGUCAAGGAGAAGCUGGUGCGCUUCCUACCCCGCACCGUGUCCCGGCUGCCGGAGGAGGAGACCGACAGCUGGAUCAGAUGGCUCAAAGAAAUUCUUGAAAGUUCUCACCUAUUAACAGUUAUUAAAAUGGAAGAAGCUGGGGAUGAGAUUGUGAGCAAUGCCAUAUCCUAUGCACUGUACAAAGCCUUCAGCACCAACGAGCAAGACAAGGACAACUGGAAUGGACAGCUCAAGCUGCUGCUGGAGUGGAACCAGCUGGACCUGGCCAACGACGAGAUUUUCACCAACGACCGUCGCUGGGAGUCUGCGGACCUCCAAGAAGUCAUGUUCACGGCCCUUAUCAAGGACAGACCCAAGUUCGUCCGCCUCUUCCUGGAGAACGGCUUGAACCUGCAGAAGUUUCUCACCAACGACGUCCUCACCGAGCUCUUCUCCAACCACUUCAGCACCCUGGUGUACCGCAACCUGCAGAUCGCCAAGAACUCCUACAACGACGCCCUGCUCACCUUCGUCUGGAAGCUGGUUGCAAACUUCCGGAGAGGCUUCUGGAAGGAAGAGAGAAGCAGCAGGGAUGACUUGGAUGUGGAGCUCCACGACGUGGCCUUCAUCACCCGGCACCCCCUGCAAGCUCUCUUCAUCUGGGCCAUUCUGCAGAACAAGAAAGAACUCUCCAAAGUCAUCUGGGAGCAGACCAGGGGCUGUACCCUGGCGGCCCUGGGAGCCAGCAAGCUCCUGAAGACGCUGGCCAAGGUGAAGAAUGACAUCAACGCUGCCGGGGAGUCCGAGGAGCUGGCAAAUGAGUACGAGACCCGCGCAGCAGAGCUGUUCACAGAGUGCUACAGCAGCGACGAGGACUUGGCCGAGCAGCUGCUGGUCUAUUCCUGUGAAGCCUGGGGCGGGAGCAACUGUUUGGAACUGGCCGUGGAGGCCACAGACCAGCACUUCAUCGCGCAGCCCGGGGUCCAGAAUUUCCUUUCCAAGCAGUGGUAUGGCGAGAUUUCCCGAGACACCAAGAACUGGAAGAUUAUUCUGUGUCUGUUCAUUAUACCUCUGGUGGGCUGCGGCUUUGUGUCGUUUAGAAAGAAGCCCGUGGACAAGCAUAGGCGGCUGCUGUGGCAUUACGUGGCCUUCUUCACCUCACCGUUCGUGGUCUUCUCCUGGAACGUGGUCUUCUACAUCGCCUUCCUGCUGCUCUUCGCCUACGUGCUGCUCAUGGACUUCCACUCGGUGCCGCACACCCCCGAGCUCAUCCUCUACGCCCUGGUCUUCGUCCUGUUCUGCGAUGAAGUGAGGCAGUGGUACAUGAACGGUGUGAAUUACUUCACCGACCUGUGGAACGUGAUGGACACCCUGGGCCUCUUCUACUUCAUAGCAGGGAUCGUGUUCCGGCUUCACCCCUCCAACAAGAGCUCGCUGUACUCCGGCCGCGUCAUCUUCUGCCUGGAUUACAUCAUCUUCACCUUGAGGCUGAUCCACAUCUUCACCGUGAGCAGAAACCUGGGGCCCAAGAUCAUCAUGCUACAGAGGAUGCUCAUCGACGUGUUCUUCUUCCUGUUCCUCUUCGCGGUGUGGAUGGUGGCCUUCGGCGUGGCCCGGCAAGGGAUCCUGCGGCAGAACGAGCACCGCUGGCGAUGGAUCUUCCGCUCGGUCAUCUACGAGCCCUACCUGGCCAUGUUCGGCCAGGUGCCCAGCGACGUGGACGGUACCACGUAUGACUUUGCGCACUGCACCUUCAGUGGGAAUGAGUCCAAGCCGCUGUGUGUGGAGCUGGACGAGCACAACGCGCCGCGCUUCCCCGAGUGGAUCACCAUCCCCCUGGUGUGCAUCUACAUGCUGUCCACCAACAUCCUGCUGGUCAACCUGCUGGUCGCCAUGUUUGGCUACACCGUGGGCACCGUCCAGGAGAACAACGACCAGGUGUGGAAGUUCCAGAGGUACUUCCUGGUGCAGGAGUACUGCAGCCGUCUCAACAUCCCCUACCCCUUCGUCGUCUUCGCCUACUUCUACAAGGUCGUGAAGAAGUGCUUCAAGUGCUGCUGCAAGGAGAAGAACACAGAGUCUUCCACCUGCUGUUUCAGGAAUGAGGACAACGAGACUCUGGCGUGGGAGGGUGUCAUGAAGGAGAAUUACCUUGUCAAGAUCAACACGAAAGCCCACGACACCUCCUCGGAGGAAAUGAGGCAUCGCUUCAGACAGCUGGAUACAAAGCUUAAUGAUCUGAAGGGUCUUCUGAAGGAGAUUGCUAAUAAAAUCAAAUAAACGUCAUGAAGUCUGAUGGAGAAAACCCAAUGAUAGCCAGGUGACAUCAGACAUCUCCAUGAGGAAGGAUUUUGCUAGUGACUCCGCACAGGAAUUUCCACACGGGAUCCUCUUCCUGCCCCGCAGCGUGCCAGACCUGGGAACAGAGCGCGACAUAAAAGAGGAGCCCUUGCUGUCCCCUGCGUCUGCCGAAGGCCGCCUGCUGCAGGCGUCCCUGACCCCGGCCCUGGGCUCAGAAGCCCACAUUCCGCUCCCGUGUUCUUGCUCUUGCCCCGCGAAUAUGACAUGGGGACAGCUCGUCUCUGGAUGGGAGCCCUGCCACGCCUUCGCUCCCGUGUUGUUGUUAGACGGUUCCAGACGGUUCCGACGUCACCCUCUUUCGUGUUACCUAACAAGCCGCUGACUGCCGGUGAAGUCAGGCCAGAGUCUAAAACGCGCUGUAGCCAGCGAGGCCUGCUCUUCUCGGGGCAGCGGUUAUGUUUCUUAAGCUGCUUGUCGCUGGCUGAGGAGGCUGUGCAUACAGCGUCUUUCCCUCUCAGCCUCGCCAGGAGCCCCUAUGGAAGGCAGGACCCCCACCCCUCCCUAACAAUGGGAGAAAGCGCCCCAAAUGGGACUGGGACGCCGCCUCCGAGUUUGUCUCCCUUGGGUGCUGCUCUUUCUCCGCUUGGCUCCCGUUACAAACGAUACACGGAUUCUGUGGAAACUUAGACUGGUGGAGACGUAGCCAAGUCCCUCCCGCCUAGAGCUAAUCGCUGCCAACAUUUCUGGGUAUUUUUUUUUCUAUGCAUGUGUUAUUUACCUUUGAAACUUGUACAGAGUGUCGUCAUGCCACAUACACGGUUUUCUAUUAGCUUUUUCACUUAAUGUUUUAUCAGAGAUGUUUUCUGUCACCAAUCGCUCCAUCUUCAGCUUCUAGUGCUUUCUGUGGCGCUGGCCGUUGGAGGCUGUUCGCAGUGGGUCUCUGGGGUGGGCAGCCGUGUGCAUGACUCUUUUUCCUGUAUUUAGGAAAAUUUCCCAAGGCUAGAUUCCAAGGAAUGUGUAUUGGUUAUCAAGCCAUUUACAAAGCUUUUCGUAAAUGUAUAUAGCAAAUAGGAAAUAUUAACUUGACCAUAAGGUAUGAGAUACAUGAACACACAACUAUUAAUAAAAUAUUAUAUUUAGGCCCCAGUUGAGAAGUGUGUAUGUAAUGUGUAUGUGUAUGUAAGUAUGACGAAUGGCGAGGUCACUGGUGGAGAAUCGGAGAGAUUAUCUCAUUGAACAAGGCUAGUCCAAGCUCUCAGUAAAUAGAGCAAUUUAAAUGUCCAUGAUUGGGUUUGAAUAGACGGUAACUUCAGCGGCUGCAGA